CAAUGAUUAUACUUAGCUUAGGUAAUCUUGAGGCUGGCACUUGUCGCGUGCAACCGUCGCUCUUCUUCAAUUCACAAACGUUGACUGGGCAUGGUAAAUGUAAGAGGAGGUAGGAUUCCCUGCCACUUGCACGAAACUUCCCACGUGAAGUCGACAACAUCUCACACGCUACAUUAGGGACUUAGCUUUCCUCAGAUUUUUGUCACAAUGGCGCCAGACUCGGAGCAAUCAACAGACUUGGGUCACUUGGCCGGCGGUUCAACUACUGGGCGGCUCCCUACAGCGCUCAGGCUGCGUCUCGCGGCGGGCAGAUUCAUUAAGGGGUCUUCAGCAUUCGGGACAGAUAAGGUCGUGGCGCUCCCGUUUAACAAGAUCGCCAAGCUUGACGUUCCUACAAAUGAAAUCGACGCCAUGGAGUUUGUGCGGGCUAAUACCACCAUCCCAAUCCCCCAAAUCGUCGAAGUCUACAAAGACCCCGGUGGCGGUACUCAUUUCAUCAUGACACGGCUUCCCGGGACUCCCCUCGCAGACGCAGUCCGCGACAUGGGCCCUGCUCAGAUCGAGACCACCGCCAGCGACUUUGCUGACUACCUCGGGCAACUCCGCCGCCUCGUGCCACCGCCCUCGAAAGACGGCACGCCUGUAAUAGGGGGUGCUUCGGGCGGCCCGGGUUUCGAUCACCGCCUGGGCCCCAGGACGUGGGGUCCCUUUUCCACCGUCGCCGACUUCCACACAUACAUCCGCUUCGGGCAGCCGCUGGAGGACUGGGACCAUGAGCCAGCCGUCAUGGAGAUCCACGGGAAGCCGGAGGGUGCGUACCAGCUGCGGUUUACGCACGCGGACUUGGGGCCGCAGAAUAUCUUGGUCGAUCCCAAGAAUGGGAAAAUUACCGGCAUCAUCGACUGGGAGUUUGGGGGUUGGUAUCCCGAGUAUUGGGAGUACACCAAGAUGCACUAUGGCGGCGUGAGGCCGCAGUGGGAAAAGUGGUUUGCCCAAAUUUCAAAGGAAGAUGGUAUUGAGAAGUACGAAGCGGAGAGAACGGCGGAGGAGGCGAUUUGGUCAAGAGCAGGGCCGUUCGGGUACGUAUGAUAACCAUGCCAAAGUCAGUUUGCAAGUCAGAUACACACGCAAUAGUGCGUUUCCAGAGAAGCUUUUCUUUCCAAACAAGGCCAACCCAGACAAUGUG